ACGCCAAUGUUUUAUAACUCUGACGGCUCUUCGACAACAGGCUAGGAAAACAGAUCAGAAUCUCCCAAAAUCAUAUGAAAAUCAUGCCAAAAUCCUUCCUUGUUCGAGUCCGCAAGGGGCUUUCAGAAAUCUCUCACAGCACGCCUGAAGAAUUCAAGAUUCAAGAAAGUCAUGUUCCAAUCAUUUUUCCGAAGUCGAACGAACAAUGGCUAUUGGAACAAAGAGCUUCAGUGAUUGUAAACGCUUCCAGUCAGAGGAUCAGUCACCCGCCCGAAAGUAAAUCUUGCACCAAAGACAUAAAACGCUUAUUUAGCCAUGAAGUUGAGCUAUUUGAUGGAAACAAUAAAGCGCGAGUGCAGCAUGAAAACGAGUCUCGGAAGUCCGACUGUCAUGACACAUAUGCGUGCAAUACGUGUCAGAAAAUGUUUUGCACACCACAUGGUCUGGAGGUACACGUGCGACGAUCGCACGCAGGUAAUCGCCCGUACGGCUGCUCUACAUGCGGAAAAACGUUCAGUCAUUACGUAAGCCUUGCGCAACACAGGAAGACACAUUCAACCGUCAAAAUAUUCGAAUGCAAGACAUGCGGGAAACAUUUCAAGCGCUCAUCCACGUUAUCUACGCACAUGCUGAUACACGCCGAUAUCAGGCCUUUUUCUUGUGAUUACUGCGGGAAGAGAUUCCAUCAGAAGUCGGACAUGAAAAAGCAUAUGCUCGUUCACACAGGCGAGAAGCCCCAUAAGUGUCGCCAGUGCGGCAAGUGUUUCAGUCAGUCUUCUAAUCUCAUUACUCAUAGCCGUAAGCAUCUGGGAUUUAAACCUUUCGCUUGUCCAACAUGCAGUAGAGCUUUCUAUCGUAAAGUAGACUUAAGGAGGCACAGCCACGUUCAUCGACUUAGUUACCAUAGAAACAAUAAAACGCUAGGGGAGUUAUGCUUAGAUCAAACCUUACUUAUUUCUAAGUCAACUAAUUAGCAACUCGACAUGAAAACACGUGGAAAACCAGAUAGUUACUGGGUCAAAUCUCUAGUAACAAUUUCUAAAUAUGUUGCAUUUUCCUAAUUCGACCGUACCUUGGGUUACGCAAACGAGAGAGUGUCAUCAUUACUUCUGAUAAGUUGCCUUGAUUAGCUUGUUAAAUAAGAAUUUUUAGUUGAAUAACAUUUUACUUUAAGUAUAAAUG